ACAGCCAUGGCCUCCGUCGGUGGUCUGUUGCCAAGGGGAAUAGUCCUGGCUGAAGGAUAGAGAGAGAAGUGGAGAGAGGGGGAGUGAAAAGGCAGCCUUGUGGUGCAGAAGAAGAGAUGGUCAUCACUGACAGGAGCUCCAGCACUCUUGGGCCCAAGAAGAAUGAACAGAAGAAGAGGGCAUCCCGCCCCCAUGGCCUGCCCUCCCCGGCGCUGUGCUGCGCGUGUGGCUUGUGCAUCAUGCUGGCAGGCAUCAACAUCACCCUGGUGGGGGCGUUUGCCUUCAGCACCAUGGUGCCCUCUACCAACCCUCCCAUCAUCAUAGGGCCCAUCCUGCUUCUGGUGGCCUUCUCUUUCUUCGGGGCGUGCUGUGUCUGCAGCCGCCUGCCCCCUGCCCAGGGCUCCCGGAGGUCUAAGGUGGGCGGAAGGAGCAUGGGGAGGAUGGGGCGUGGAGGUUUAGCCGGGGGAGUGACGUUUGAGAUUGAGACGAGUGAGCACACAUUGCAGGACACGACAGCAGUACAGCUCAGCCCCUCAGCCUCACCUGGGUCAUCCCGGGCAUCCAGCCCCGAGCGGGAUGCUUCUCCUGACCCCGCACCCCCAGGGACCUUCAAGCUCUUCACCAUGGAGACCAAUGGCCCCACCUCCGCCACGGCAUGCUAUUCCGCCUCCUCGGCAGGGGGAGGGGCUGUGAGGCUCAACCUGCCACGUGAUGAUGUGGCCACCUAG